AUUCAUCCCGAUGGAAGGCAGGGAAUGUGUCCCAGGCACCCAGGAGAGCCCGGAAAAGAGCAGAAGGCGGAGCCAGCUCCAACGUCUUCUCCAUGUUCGAUCAGUCGCAGAUCCAGGAGUUUAAAGAGGCUUUCACCAUCAUGGACCAGAACCGGGAUGGCUUCAUCGACAAGGAGGACCUGAGGGACACCUUUGCUGCCCUGGGCCGCAUCAACGUAAAGAACGAGGAGCUGGAGGCCAUGGUGAAGGAGGCCCCCGGGCCCAUCAACUUCACCGUCUUCCUGACCAUGUUUGGGGAGAAGCUGAAGGGUACGGACCCGGAGGAGACCAUUCUCCACGCCUUCAAUGUGUUCGACACUGAAGGGAAAGGUUUCGUCAAGGCUGAUUUCAUCAAAGAGAAGCUCAUGACGCAGGCAGACCGCUUCAGUGAGGACGAGAUCAAGCAGAUGUUUGCUGCCUUCCCGCCAGAUGUGUGUGGCAAUCUGGACUAUAGGAACCUGUGUUACGUCAUCACGCAUGGCGAAGAGAAGGACUAAAAGGGGACCGCCGACGGCCCCCCCUCCACCCCAUACACACACUCAGAGGCAGCAAACACGGGGCUGGGGGUGGGGGAGAGGGGCGGCCGUUGAGGAGCCCCUGCAGCCAGCGUGUGCGUGUAAGGAAAAGGCUCUCUGGCCUGUGGGUCAGGGGCAAAGUAAGAAUAAAUAAUGUA